AUGGAUGGAUGUGGGGGCCAAACCUCAAAUGGAACUAAAGUUUCAGUUACAGGUAUGGUCGCAAAGAUGUCCGAUGCGGGUCGUUUUGCAUGUAUGAUCUGUUUGCCAUGUGGCCUUUCACGAGAUGAAAUCAUUACCAACUCGGAUAUAUUCCGAACGGCAUUCAUUGACUAUUUCACCAGUAAGCAAGCUGCAGGAAUUGCCGUGAUGCCUCAGACGGCUACGACCGCGGGAUGCUUGGUGCAUGUGUUUCCGCCGGGAGAAUUUCCAUCCAGUUACCUACAAUACUAUUCUCCUCAGCUUUAUGAGUCGAUAACAGCUCGCCAGGCUUCAUUUUUGUUUGUCGUUCUAACACCUGAUGAAUCUUCACGACCACCACUCACAUCAUAG